GCUGCACGCUGGAGUUUUUGGUCUGUUGGGUGUUCGGUGUUGGAGAGAGCAGUUCGAAAGAAUAGUGCUACCCAUAGCUACAGACAACUAGACAUGGUGCAGAUGCUGAAAGCGUUAAUCGUUCCAGGUGUGCUGGCCGUCGCCGGCUGCUGCUGGUGGUGGUAUAGCUCCCGGAAGAAGACUCCAGGUACCAGCCAGGACAGUGAGGAGAAGGAGGAUGAGCUUUCUUCCUCUAAUGGAGAAGAGCAGUGUGUUCAGUCUGGGACUAGAGCACCUCCCUCAAGCCCAGAGGAGCUCCCCCUUCUGGACUGUGUGGACGACAUCAAGCUAGCAGAGAGCAGUGAGGAGGAAAUGCAGCUUGAGGAGCCAAUCAUCAUAGAGGAUCCUCAGACUAAAGACACAACAGUGUCUGCUAUAGAGCUUCCAGAGCUCACUGUGGUUGAUGACCUGUCUUCUUCUUCUGAAGAUGAACAGUGUGCUCAGUCAAGCCCAGAGGAGCUCCCCCUUCAGGACAGUGUGGAAGACAGCCAGCCAGAUGGACAGUGUGCUCAGUCAAGCCCAGAGGAGCUCCCCCUUCAGGACUGUGCGGGCGACAGUCGGCCAGCAGAGAGCAGUGAGGGGAAAAGCCAGCUUGAGGAGCCGUCCACCACAAUAGAGGAUCCUCAGGCUGAAGACACUCCAGUGUCAGCUGUAGAGCUUCCAGAUCUGAGUUCCGUAGAUGACCUGUCUUCCUGUUCUGAAGAUAGACAGUGUCCUCAGUCUGAGACUGUCUCAAGCCCAGAGGAGCUCCCCCUUCAGGACAGUGUGGACGACAGCCAGCCAGCAAAGAGCAGUGCGGGGAAAAGGCAGCUUGAGGAGCCAAUCAUCAGCAAAGACAUACCAGCUUCCUUUCUGGGACGAUGGACAAAACCACGGGUCCUUUCCACCUCCGUGCCUGUGAAGCCCUUUUUCAUAAGGGAUGAAAAGUACGAGGACACAAUGGAGAGCUUUUCCCAGGUGGCAUGGGACUCAGUAAUGGAUGAUUGGUAUUAACUUACCAAAUAAAAGCUAAAAAAUAUAUAUAUAUAUCA